AUGCGUUUGCUAGACGUUGAUACGCUCAAGCUGCACGAAUUUAUGGGCAGCAAUAUCCCAAAGCACCAAUAUGCUAUUCUCUCUCACACCUGGGACGAAGAGGAGGUGAGCUUGCAGGAUUUGCAGGCGGGGAGCGGCCCCUCCAAACAAGGAGGCUACGAGAAAAUUGUUCUCACUUGCAAGCAGGCGAAGCAACACGGUUGUAAAUGGGCUUGGGUGGACACAUGCUGCAUCGAUAAGACAAGCAGUGCUGAGCUCAGCGAAGCUACCUUACCGCCCGGGGGGGGUAUUAACUCAAUGUACCAAUGGUACGAAGAGUCCGCUGUGUGCUAUGCUUAUCUUAUAGAUGUGGACGAUAAUUUCCCAUAUACGUCUCGUCGGAGCAAAGAUGACGGUGAACUACUUGCCUCUAGAUGGUUUACUAGAGCUUGGACGUUGCAGGAGCUAAUUGCGCCGUCGAAUAUCGUCUUCUACGGUCGCGGGUGGGCGGAGAUAGGCAGGCGAUCUAAACACUCGAUCCGAGAUGCCCUCACGCAUAUCACGGGGAUUCCCGAGUCUCUCAUAUCCACACCCAAGUCCCCCCUAUCACAAUAUAGUGUCGCACAAAAAAUGUCUUGGGCGGCUCAUAGAUUGAGCACGCGCGUUGAAGAUAUAGCGUAUUCUCUGCUAGGAAUUUUCGAGAUUAAUAUGCCGCUCCUCUACGGUGAAGGCCCUAAAGCUUUCGUCAGGCUACAGGAAGAGAUCCUUAAGGAGACGGAUGAUCACUCGCUCUUGUGCUGGACCGUUCCAAGAUUUAGCCCCAGAGCAUGGUCGCUAGAAAGCGUAUUCGCGAAAUCCCCUAACGAUUUCGCAGAUUCCGGAAAUAUCACUGGGAAUCUUUACGAUGCAGGUUCUCCAUCCGCGAUGACCAACCGAGGACUUCAGAUUUACCUCCACCUCAUAGAGCGAAACUAUAGCGUGCAUUCUCAUUUAUACUCUGCGAACGAUGAAACUGCCGUCUAUAAUGCCAUGAUCAAUGCCGCUUAUUGGGAGUCUAAUAGUUGCGUAGGUCAGGUGUCGAUAGUGUUAAUCAGAACACCAAAUAUUACUGGGCAUUUUUAUUCCUGGUCAAUUAAUAAAUACGCCAGAUUAGCAACACCAACACUUAGGCGAUGCGGCUUAGGGAAAUUCAAUGGACAGAAUUCCUUGGUUCAGAUAUAUAUCAACAAAACCCUCCCUUCCUGGGAACAGAAUCGUUUCGGUUCCGGUGGUGUCCAUCUACAAAACAUUCCUAUUGAACCAUUAGAAUAUGCCACGAAAGAUGCAGUAUCUACAACAGGAGAGAUAACGUGGUCUCCAAUUUACGGCUGUAUCAAAUUUGGAUUUGGGUCUCAGCAAUCACUAGAAUACCCUUACUUUGUAAAUUUCGCUGUAGCAGCCGAAAAUGGAUGGCAGCCAUUCAAUCUUCUACUCGUCUGGAAUAAUGAAUACAUACACUUUGGCGUUGACUCAAGUGAGUCUUGGUUAUUUUACCUAUCUCAGUCAUCUCGCUCACUGGCCGGUAUAAUACUUCAGAGAUUGUUAGAUCCGUCUAACCCUUCAACGCAUCGAGGAAAUUGCUGGGAGAUGUAUGGCGAAAUAGCUAGGGCAAGGAAAUCCAUGGAGAUAAGCGUAUUUCACCCACGUGGCCUCUCCACAGUUGAGUUCAUUCUAGAACGCGAAAACCCUUAUACCGACGAUGGGGAGGCAGCGGGUAACCGUUUACAUUUCCUAAUCUGGGCGAAACGGGUAGAAUAG